AUGUCCAUCUGCCGCACUCCCAGUUCCCUUGCCAAAUGGAAAUGCCAGUGUGGACAGAUGGGUGGUGGUGGUGGUGGUGACAUUCAUGACAAAUGGAGCUGUCGAAUUUGUGCCAACCUGUCAACCGCCGGUCAUGGACACCUUUAUUGUCUCACUCCUGUUGAUGUGCCUAAGCCCAAUCGAGGCUUUCUAUUUUGUGAGUGUGUGGGGGAGGACUGUUGUGAAGGCACUGCCCAAUGGCUAGGGCAUAUGCAUGACAACCAGGGCAAGUUGUGGAACACUCAUCGUUUGGCAAGACAUUCUGGUGUUCCAUGCAUGCAACAGAGAGAUGUGAUGAAUGCAGCUCCCCGCGAGGGUGACGAGGAAAGCCUCCAAGCACAGCAGGGUUUAGUUGUGCUGCCAGUCGCAGUCACCUCUCGUCCAGCCUACAAGCCGCGGUGA